AUGGCCACGGCACGGCUCGGUGGCAGUCAGGUGGACAACGCGUACAGGGCGUUCGUCCAGAAUGUGAUCAACACCUGCGCCCACCCGUAAGUGGCUGUGUUGCAGACACGGGGAGAGGGGAGGAAGGGCUGAGUGACGGCCACUCGUAUAGUGUAUGUGUGUGUAUGUGUGUGUGGAUGCUUCAGGGGUCAGAGUUCGGUGUAGAAGUUGUGGACCAGGCGUACCUGCUGACGCACCCGGGGCAGUGUAUGGGCCUCGUGUGUGCGCUGUUCGGGAAGCGCCGCAUCAACGGCACCAUCCCUGGCCAGCAAAACUUCACCGACGACCAGCUCGACUCCAUCCUGGCCUAGUAAGCUCCCUGCACACACACAUCACCCUACAGCACAGCCCACCACACCGUAUGGUGUGUGUAUCAUGAUGUUCGUUGUCAGCCUGGAGGCGCACUGGCCGCCCGACCCGGAUGGCGACCGUAUCAGCCAGGCCAUCGAGGUGUGUCACCAGGAGAGGCUGCGGCGCCCUCUUGGGCGGCUGCGGCUGUCCGACGACGUGAGGGAGACCGAGGUGAUAAUGGGAUACUAGUUGGUGCCAAUCACCCCUUUGUAGUGCUGAAACACGGCACGGUCAGUGCACGUGCAUACACACCCCUGAUCGUAUGGACGCACACGGCAUGUGUGCUGUUUGCCUACACGUCAGCUGGCGUCAUUUGGUGACCCGACCCUCCAUCAGAUCGUCCAAGGCCCCCCAUUCGUCGGCGAGAGCAAUCGCCAGAGGGCAGAGCGGUACU